AUGAGCAAUGAAAAUCUAGCUCCAAGAGACGCAAAGGUAAUCUCAAUCAUUCUUAGGUCCCUGGGGAUAGAGGAAUGUGAACCAAAAGUAAUUGUACAGCUGCUGGAAUUUGCAUACAAAUACUCGUGUGAUGUUCUCGAGGAUGCGCUUUUGUAUGCCAAACUUUGCGAGAGAAAUGUAAUAGCAGGCAAGGAUUUGAAGCUUGCAUUGCAAACAAAAAUAGGCAAGCACUUUGUUCCAGCACCUCCAAGAGCUCUUCUGCAGUCUACGGCCGACCAAGUCAACUCCAAGCCACUUUCCCAGGCGGAUCAAGAAAAUUUAAUUAGAGCACCUAAUUUGAAGAGUGGAUUGUUUUCAAUGGAAUAUAUUCCGGAAGACAAGGAUAUUAAUGCAAAGAAGAAGAGGGUGUAUUAA